CGACAGUAGAACUAGAAAACGACCCAAGUGAAUGCCCCGCGUUUUGAUCAUUAUUGGCCAUUACAGCUCUGACGUGGCACCACACAGUUUAAGCGAGCUGCAAGGCUGAGGCUGAGGGUGAUCGGGCCCCUUAAUUACAAGUCGCAAGGGGAUUCUCAACGGAAACUUGAUCUUAUUGCUAAGUUAUUACACGCGUUAACCUACCAGCACUUGAUGCGUACGUAGGUGGACACCAUGGCGACGAAUUGUCUCCAUCAGGACUAUACAGUGGCUUGGCUUUGUGCCUUGCCCUGCGAGAUGGCUGGCGCAGAAGCCAUGCUGGACGAGAAGCACUCUGACCUACCAACUGCGACAGAAGAUGAUAACACCUACAUCUUGGGUAGGGUGUACAGCCAUAACGUUGUGAUUGCGUGCUGCCGAUCCGGGGUUUAUGGCACGACGUCGGCAUCGACAUGUGCCAUACAACUGCAAGCAACGUUCAGGUCGAUCCGGUUCUUUCUACUCGUCGGUAUUGGAGGAGGAGCCCCCACUGACAAGGCCGAUAUUCGACUCGGCGAUGUGGUGGUAAGCAAGCCGACAAGGGAAUUUGGAGGGGUGGUGCAGUACGAUUAUGGCAAGACGAUGAGCCGUGGUCGCUCUGUGCGUACUGGACUACUGAACAAACCUCGAUCAGUGCUACUCACUGCACUGGCACGGCUGGAGGCAGCACAUAAACAAGCACCUAGCAAAAUACCUGCUCUGUUAGCAGAGAUGGUGGAGAGAAACCCCGGAAUGGGGGAGAAGUUCACAUACCAGGGUAAAGGCCAGGAUUUCCUGUUUGAUUCGGAAUAUGACCACGAUGCCGAGAGUGAUACGUGCGAUGACUGUGACACGGCAAGGCAAGUGAUUCGACCUGAUCGACUGAAUUCCGACCCUGUUGUCCACUACGGGCUCAUUGCAUCUGGCAAUCAAGUAAUAAAGCAUGCUCCCACAAGAGACAAGUUGGCCCGAGAGCUCGGCAUCCUUUGCUUCGAAAUGGAGGCCGCGGGUGUAAUGGACGAUUUUCAAUGCCUGGUGGUUCGCGGAAUUUGCGACUAUUCGGACUCGCAUAAGAACAAGCAGUGGCAGGAGUAUGCGGCAGCAACGGCCGCUGCGUUUGCAAAAGAGCUUCUUUCUGUGAUCCACGCAGUCCAUAUGGUGGAUACACCGCCAGCAGUAUCGCGAUAUCGUGGAAGUGCACCUUAUGGGCGUGAGCGAGCCACCACGGAUAUGAUAUCGCGUGGAAGGGAUAUUGGAGGCCUUGCAGAUUUGCUGCCGCGGAUUUCGGACUAUGAUGAGAAAAAUGUCCACAGAAGGCUUCUGCAAAAACGCCUCGUUGGCACCACGCAAUGGUUUCUUGAUCAUCCAAAUUUCAAGGCCUGGUUUACAGACAGAACCAUAUCCAGUUUAUGGUGCUCAGGAAAGAGUAAGUGCUCUGGCAAGGUGUAAAACACCGUGCUGACUGUGGGACCUUCCCAGUUGGCUCCGGCAAGACAAUGAUAGCGACUACUGCCAUAGAGGCUGCGCUGUAUCGCAGUGCUGAGGAUCGAUCACCGACUGCCUUCUUCUACUGCGAGAGUGAGCGUCCUGGAACAUUGGCUGACACAUAUAUUCUGUCCAGCCUCAUAAAACAACUGUGCGGAUUCUUGCAUCUAAACGACAUACAGCUUCCGGAACCCAUUUUUACAGAAAUCCGUAAAUUCUUUGGCCCU